AGUUGUGGGAGCCCGACCUGUGGGAUGCCGACAUCGGUGCGGAAGGCUGCGACGAGAUCACCACCGACUUGGAGAUGAGCUUUUGGAUCAAGCCCCUGACCGGCAGGAGGUGCCAGGCGUCGCAGCAGAGGUCGCGAGCGCGGCGGUACCCGAGGCAGAGUGCUCCACGUACUCGAGCUACCGUGGCUGGCAAAGACGUACAACAGCAUCGAGCGGCAUGCGCCGUGCCGCCGUCCACCUUGGAUGCAGCCAGCCGCUACACCGUCAGACAGCGCACACUCAGGGAUGGUACGAAUCCUCUACUCGGUCCCGAAGAAGCUGACCAUCUGUGGGAGACCCAGAGUUGCCCCGAGCUUGCGAAGUCCGACCUUUGGACGGAGACCUGUGACGAUACCACCGCCGUCCCGAUGAGUCGCUUCUGGGGCGACGACGCGUCCAUGGCCUGUGGCCUGUGCAUUGGGUCUUGGAAAGCCCUGGGCGCACGAAAUCAGGCAGCACGCACCCUGCAACUACGGACCACCAGGGGUUGGCUACCUGGCGGCGUGCAUCGGGGAGAGCCCAGUGGCGACAUCAUCCGCCAGGACGACGACGCCAGCCACGAGAAUGACCUGUCCGACGCCGACGCCGACUUGGAGGGAGCGCUGGCGCAGGUGAUGGAGGAGGGAGGUUUCCUUGGUGACGACGCUGGUGGCCUCGAAGAGCAGACUGAUCCCCGAGGCGCGCCGCAGGACGGCCCCAGCGGUAGCGCAGAGCCGGCUGAACGGCCAGCGAAACGCCAGCGCCGCAGUGACGACGAGUCCUCCAUGGAUAGGCUGAGCCGGUAUUACCAAAAAGGAUGGGACUCCCAUGGUGACAUCAAAAUUUCCAGGAAGGAUGUGACCGACGACAUGCAGUCCAUCUACGCACGCCUCUACACUCUAGUCACGGGAGCGAUGGAUGGGGCUUGCGAUGUACUGUGGAGGGUGGUCGCGUGCGCGGUCGUUCUGCGCUGCCUCCGCCUUUGCGAUAUCGGCCUUCGGGAGCGCUGCUUGUUGCUGCACAUCCUACUGCACGACGUCGCCAUUCGCGCCCACGGUGGGGAGCUCUAUAGGUGCGGUGACGGCGCGUGGCUUCCAUUCGCAGGCCUGGUUGCCGAGUCGGUGCUGGCCACAUGUAAGCGGGGCCUCCUGCGGGUUGAAGGGCUCUUCCUGCUCGUGGACACGUGGAAGAGGGCCGACGACGCUGCCUUCGUGGAAAAGUGCCAGGCCGCAUGGGCUAGCCACGGCGGUACCUCCGUCGAGUUCACCGCCCACUGCGAGGUGUCCGCGUCCAAGGGGAAGAGGACUGGCUCGCGGUCCCAGGGCCCUGCCCCAAGUGAAGCUGAGGAUCCUGCUGGUCCUGAACAGCAAGGGGGUCUCCAUCAACCAGGCGAGCGUGAUGAGGCAGAACCCAGCGAGUCGCAAGGCGAGUUUGCGGCGAAGAUGGCGCAGAAAUUGUCCUCCGCUCUGCAGAACGAACUGUUGGGGACGAAGCUGAUUAAGCAUUGCGGCGAAUGGUGUUCGACUCCGAAGAGACCAGCCUCUGGCGCGUGCUUCAAAGACGCGUGCUUGUUGUUCGGGCCGAACGGGGAGACCAAUUUCGUUGACAAGGGCCAGUCGAGGAACGUGUGCAUUCACGCGCCCCACGCACUGAAGGACCCCAUCCUGGAGACCGUGAACACGGAGCUGCAAACCUUUCUGGGCCAGACAUUCUGGGACAACGGCGUCGCCCUCGACUGCCAGCUCGCCGCCGCGUGCCUCGUCCUCCAGGGGGGGAACAUAGACCGCUGCUUUUGGACGGUCGGGCCUGGUGGCGUGGGGCAAUCUCUGCUGACCCACCUCGUGGGCAACGUCUUCUCGGGCCUGCGCGCGUUCCUCGAUGCAGCGGUGUGCUACGACGACCGCGAAUUAAGGAAACAGGCGGAGCAACUCGUUCACGAGCUCAUUGCCACUGGGCAGGAAACCGUCGAAGGGUCGAAGCACGGGUUCCGCGAGGGCUGGAAAAGAUUAGAGCUCAACAAAAUCAUUCGGUUCGCUGGAGUCACUGCCGAGAGCAUCAACGGCAUCGAACGCCGCACGUGGUCUUGCAUCAUCAAAUCCAGGUGUGUCUCGCCAGAGGUACUCAGCACAAUGCCCGACGCGGCGUCGUUGGGUGUGUUCGUGAAGAAUCCAGGCUUGAAGACGUUAGUUCGGUCUCCUCAGGUUGCGCCUGCGAUGUGGCGGAUUUUGCGCGGGUUCAUGAAGAGCCAUUCCCGCGGCGAGUCCUUCGGCAUGAUUGAGGAGUAUGCCGAGGGCGGGGGCGGCGGCACCUCCGUGGACUGCGCGUGCGCGGCGACGGGCGUGCAACGCCGCAGCAGAGACGCUGGCGCAACCUCUGCCCCACGUGCACCAGGGGGGCCCCCUCCGCCCUUCAACCCGAUGGCAGCCCAGGAGGAGGCCGAUCGGAAACUCAGCCUGACACUAGCAGUCCUGCUGUUGGAGAACCGCGUGGGCUCCAUCGCGGCAGAGGAGUUUGCGAACAAGCUUGGGCGUGGCAUGGUAUCUGGGGCUGCGGAGAAGAGAAAGUCGGAGUUCGAGCGCCUUGUCACAGCUGGCCUCUGGGUCAAGAACGGCACUGGCAGUAAGGGGAACACGUCUUACGUGCCAGCGCAUUGCUUCGCGCGCAAGCCCGACUGCCACUGGCCUGGGCAUGCGGACGACGACCUGCCAGCCCUUCAGGAGCAAGUGCAGUGCAAGAGCGUCAUAGAGUAUGCCGACAACGUUCCCCGUUGCCAGAACGUGGCCACACUACAAGAGUACUGGCGCCAGAUGUGCGACUUCCUGGUGCCGCGGCAGCGGGGCCGGCUCUCGGCGCGGCAUAUAGACAUGAAGAACGAUUUCGCUCACAAGGGCGAGAAGCUGGUUCACCAGGAGCGCGAGCUUCGGAGACUGGCAGAGCACAUGCGGGGCCAAGUUGGGGGCGCCGACGGCGUCGCGCCCGAGACGUCGACGUAUGCGGCGUCAUGCUCAAGGAGGGGCAGUCGUCAGUCACGGCUAUACCUGGACACCUGCGGCGUGCAGGCUCUCAGCAACGCGGCGAAGCACGUGGUCAUCCCCGACGCGCGCGACUGGGGCAUCUCGAAAUGCAUGUGCACGAUCGCCCUGCAACUCCUCGGCAAGGCCGCUGCGCUGAUCUCUCACCAGGCGGCCCAGUUCGAGUGUAUCACUGCACUCACGCAGAGCAAUGCAGAAGUUCUCAGCCAGCUAGGAGUGCCUCACAACGCCGGCAAUAAGCUUUUCCUCAAGGUCGUGAACGGAGGGCGCAUCCUUGAAGAGUACUCGUCGAACAACUUUUUGAAGGCAUUGCCGCAGGAAGGGGUACUACUACGUUGGUUUGCAGUGGCUAUGGAUACGGAGGCGCACGCGGCCACCGCCGAGGUGUGCAACGGGAAAGCUUUGCGCCCGCAGGCGGGGCCAUGGCCAGGCCCGACGAAGCACAACCCCGCCGCUUCUUCGUGGUUCUACACUUGGACGGUGAUGGAGGACAUGAUACUCAACGCAUGGUCGGGGCACAUUAUCGCAACGCUACGGAACGUGUCACAUCUGAGUUUGCAUUACGACGGGCUCAUGAUUAACCCCGAGGCAGUCGUCGACGACGAGACGUUUGCGGCAGGCUGCCAGAGCGCCAUCUUACGGUCCACUGGGUUCGACGUCUCCAUCGUGCGGAAGACGACGCACACCUUCCUCGAGUUAGUGAAACUGAACGGCACCCACGCCCAGGCCGCGUUCCCAGUCUUGCCGAAGAGCCUGCUCAAGAACGGCAAUUGCAUCCUCGCGGCGCUGGCAACGGCCACCCAGCGCCAGCAAGCCAUUGGAAGACUGACAUCAGCGUCAAGUGCAGCGAACAAGGCUGCAGAGAAAAAGAGGUACCGAACGUACCAGGAUGCAUCGACCAUUUGCGAUGUGCACCUGCGUCCCCUCAGAACCCCCGAGCAGCGACUUGCCGAGGGCUGGUGCCUCCUCCAUGUGGAGAACAAGGGCGUGCAGCACUGCGUCGCCAUGCAGGCUACGGCUGUCGCGUGCGCGAUCGUGGAGAAUGCCGAGGCUUGGGCGGUGCCGCGGGACGCAUGGAAGACGUACUGGGGCGAGGCAGUGGAUCGCAAGUUCCUGGUCCUGUUUCAACUGGCUACCGAAGAUUUGCCCGACGACGCCCCAGAGAGGCAUUUGCUACUCUUCGCUGCUGGAGCAAGAGCGCAGGUUAAAAGUCGCCAGUGCAACUCGUGCCCGACACCGAAGAGGGGCAAGCAGAGAUUGCUCCAGGGCGGGGCGCCAGCCAGGACGAACAAAGAUAGAACGGGCGUCAAGAAAACAGCCAAGAAGAGGCAAGCCAAGAAGCGACUCCGCAUCCCGAAGAAUAUCCCGUGCGUGCCAGCGCGCCAGACGGCGCCGAGCGGCGAGUCAGCGGACAGGAACCAGACGUGGAGCACGACGCUUACCGCGCUGGCGACGCGGACCCCCAAGCAGACAAUCGACCACCUCAGGGGCGUCGGUAUAUUGCCGAGGUGGGGCAAGGGCAGCACUUGCCCGAUCUGCGGCGCCAAUCGGUUGGGGCCGUUGAAGUUCGAUAAGACGAGGGGGUGGGCGCACAGGUGCAAUUCGAAGAAUUGCAUGCGCUGGGUGCAGCCCCACGCCUGCCACCCGAUAUUCUCCUGGGCCUCGGGGAUUUCCUCGGUGCCGCUGAACAAGCAGGCGCAAGUCCUCCUUUGCAAAGUGGCCGGCGUGAAAUCAGGACAGAUGCAUCUGCUGACAGGAGUUCCCAAGAAAACCGUGGAGAGCCUAUCUGCGCGCUGGCGGCAGGCUGUCCAGGCGCACGUGCUCAAGCGCCAGCGGAGCAUGAAGUUUGGGGACCUGAAACAGUGGACCCAGGUGGAGGUAGACGAAACGGUGAUCCGAGGCAAGAAGGAUAAGAAGAAGCAGCGUGUAACUUGGUUCAGCUACUGCGGUCUUGUUACCCGCGGCGAUCGGCGGUCCCUCGUCUUGCUGCGGUUGUCGACAAAGACCGCGCGCGCCAAGAGGCGCGGCAAGGGCAAGGGCUCGUUCGCCUCGCCGGGCCCUAUCUCGAAGAAGGAUUGGCUUCCCAUAUGCAAGAAGUACGUCACGAAGCGGAGGCUCAUACUCCACAGCGACGGCGCUAGAGCCUACCGAUGCACGCGGGUGCCUGGCGUGAUCGUGGACGCAGUUCGGCACAAGCGGCCGCGGCCAGUCUAUGCAGCACGGUGGAGGCACUUGUUGCCCUUGGACUUCAUGAGGACAGCCAAGCCGAAAUCAGCGUGGGGCGCCACGGAGGUGAGGUGGGUGAAGAAGGGCACCCAGAUCAUCGACAAAGUGUGGGGGGCGCUCAAAUCCUUGAUCCCGAAGGGCACGCACGCCUCGCAGAAUCAGGUUGAAUCGGCUGUCCGCGAGGCCCAGUGGUUCCUGUGGAACAAGGAUAGGGGCCGUUGGCGCGCAGCGGGGGAGGUCUGCCAGUAG